AUGUGUAAAAGUGUUAAUGCAGCAGCAGUAUUUAACUCUUUAAUUUCGUUUACAUCUCUUCUUACUGAAUCCGUCAGUGCAAAUACUGUGGACAAUCGCCUGGACAACCUGCAGCUGGUGCCAUGGGGCUGGCGGCCCAAGGCCGAAGAGACCUCUAGCAAACAGAGGGAGCAAAGCUUGUACUGGCUUGCAAUUCAGCAGCUGCUUACAGACCCCAUAGAAGAACAGUUUCCUGUCCUGAACGUGACCCGGUACUACAACGCCAACGGGGACGUGGUGGAAGAGGAGGAGAAUUCCUGCACCUACUAUGAGUGCCACUACCCGCCCUGCACGGUGAUCGAGAAGCAGCUCCGGGAUUUCAACAUCUGCGGGCGCUGCCAGGUGGCCCGGUACUGCGGCUCCCAGUGUCAGCAGAAAGACUGGCUGGCCCACAAGAAACACUGUCGGGAGAGGAAGCGUCCCUUCCAGCAUGAGCUGGAGCUAGAGCGAUGA